AUGUCAACUUUAGAAUACUGUGAAGCAAUCGCAGCACGUGGGAGAUCUUUAUGGAAAAACAUUCACAACUGUAAACUAUGCGUCUAUUCUACAACUUCGUUUUUCUUUAUGGUCAACCACAUGAGACGGCACCGUUCAGCUCUGGAGGAAUUUACUUGCGACAACGCCAAAAUUGAAGCUUAUUACUGCAAAGACUGUGAUUUUAAGACGGAACUAACAAUUUUGUUCAAACAACACAUUUGUAAACAUCACGCCCUUAAGAGAGAAACUGAAAAGGAUGUAUCACGUGAGAAUUUCCGCAUACAAAACUACGUUUGCGAAAAAUGCGACUUUGAAACUAAUCUCUCGUUAAAGUGGUUUCAGCGCACUUUAACUUGCACGAGAAAUAAAGAAAAUCUUCAAAAUGUCAACUUUUCAAAAGAGAAUAUCACAACCAAUUCCGACUUCAAUCAAACUGACGAAAUACAUUGGCAUUGCUGCGCCGAAUGUCCUCACAAAAGCAAAUUCAAAACAUAUUUAAUACGUCACAUUCAGGAUUGCCAUUUGCCGAAGCGGUAUGAAUGCGACAAGUGUCCAUUUAAAUCUAGGAGAAAAGUAAAUUUAAAGCGUCACUUAAAUAACUUACACUUGAACGACAAAGACGUUAUAUGGUACAAAUGCAAUGAGUGUUCUUUCAAAACUAAGAAUAAAGCAUCUUUAAAAAGACACGGAAUAAUCAAGCAUAUAGACGCCAGCGACGCAGAAAUUACGUGGUACGAGUGUCAAAAUUGUUCAUACAAAACCAAACAAGCGCAGUAUUUAAAAAGUUAUGUAAUUUAUAAACAUUUGAAUGAUGAGAAAAUUAAGUGGUACAAAUGUGGAGACUGUUCAUUCAAAGCUAAAACAACAUCUGAUUUAACGAAACAUGUAAAGAAGCAUUGCCCAUAUAACUCAGUGAAUAACCUUUUGGAUGGAACGGAAGUGAAAUGGUAA